UAGUAGCACACGGCGGCGGCGCGCACGUCCAACGGCGCAAACAGAACUGAGUCCUCUCACACCCACCCAGCCGCGGCGGUGGCGGCGCCCCUGAAACCCUGAUCAGCCGUCUUGCUCCCCCCCGUCUCUUCCGGCGGCGGCGACCUCCCCCCAACACCCGGCCAUGGAGCCCGACAUCGGCACCAGGUACGAGAUCCCCCGCACCGCCGAGUUCCUCCGCGCCGGCGCCUACACCAGGGUUGCCCUCCAGUUCCCCGACGAGAUGCUCAAGGACGCCGCGGCGGUGGCGAGGGCGCUGCGGCAGGAGCUCGCCUCUGGCGGCGGGGUCAGGGUGUUCGUGAUGGCCGACACGGCGUACAAUUCCUGCUGCGUCGACGAGGUGGGCGCGUCCCACAUCGACGCGCAGUGCGUCGUCCACUACGGCCACGCCUGCAUGAGCCCAACAUCAAAUUUACCGGCUUUCUUCGUGUUUGGGAAGGCACCAUUGGAUGUCCAUGCCUGUGCUUGCUUAAUGCUGGAGUGCUCGAGAAAAAGUAAUAAGCGUAUUCUGGUUUUAUAUGGACUAGAGUAUGCAUAUGCAUUGGUUGACCUUAGACGAACUUUUGAGGAGUCAUGUAAAUCAAAUUCUUGCAAUCCUGAAGUCCAGUAUGCAGAUGUUCUAUGUUCAGUUAUGAGUCCGUCAUCAAUUACUACUGAGGAAAACAAUUGUCAUCUAUCGAGUGGAACCUCUUGUAGUGGAGAUUUGUCCAUAAACAGUGAUCUGGCGGCAUUGAAUAAUCGUUGUGGCAUAGAAUGUACCAGUUCCACACACAAGUACAGCCUUGGCGGUGUUACAUGGACUGUUUCAGUUCAGGAGAAAAUGGAAGACUAUUUGAUAUUUUGGAUUGGACAAGACAACUCAGCAUUUGCCAACAUUGUGCUUACCUUCAAUAAAUGUGAAAUAGUUAGAUAUGACGCAACAGAAAAUCAGCUCUCAACAGAUGUCUCUCAUCUGAUGAAAGUUCUUAGGCGAAGAUAUUACCUUGUGGAGAAGGCGAAGGAUGCAAGUAUUAUUGGCAUUUUAGUGGGAACUCUGGGUGUUGCUGGUUAUCUUCAUAUAAUCAAACAAAUGAAAGAACUGAUCAAGGCCGCCGGAAAGAAAUCUUAUACAUUGGUCAUGGGCCGGCCUAAUUCUGCGAAACUUGCGAAUUUUCCUGAGUGCGAAGUUUUUGUUUAUGUUUCUUGUGCCCAGACUGCUCUGCUGGAUAGCAAAGAUUUUUUAGCUCCAGUUAUUACACCUUUUGAAGCUGUAUUAGCUUUUAGCAGGGGAAGAGAGUGGACUGGGGAAUAUCUUUUGGAUUUCAAGGAUUUGAUCACUUCAGAGAAACAAGAAGUUGCGAGUGCAGCAGAAGAAGCGCGGUUUUCCUUUAUCAAAGGUGCCUAUGUGGAAGAUAAUCGUGCUCAAGAAAAUAUGGAACAAUCAGAAACAGAAACUUCACUCGCACUGGCUGAGGUAACAGAAAAGGCACUAAGCAUCCAAAACCAGAACAAUGAUGCUGUCCUUUACCAAGGAAGAGCAAUGUCCUCAAUCGACUACCUCAAGGCACGUUCAUACCGUGGUCUAACUGGAGAAUACGAGGGUCCAGCGCCUGAUUCAAUCUUAGUAGGCAGAACAGGUAGGGCAGCUGGUUACAGUGACGAGAAAACGCCGAGUGCACAAUGAUUCAAUCUUGCACUCUGAAUGGUGUAUGUGUUGCUUUGUUUUGGUGGGGGGAAACAAUUUACAGGCGAUUGUCGAUGGAUUCAUCAUGCACACCUGUUUCUGAUCUCUAAUAGAAGGGAACUAGCCUUUGGGUGCUGUUCUCUCAGGAUGCAGUUUUGCUAUUAGGAAAACUAGACCGUUCGCACGGUAAAUUUUGACGCGGGUCGCGAGCCUUGCGGAUUUGGGAGGUUGUUUUUGAACUGUGCAUGUGUUCAGAAAUUGAGAUGUAUGAGGUUUGCCACUUCUACGGUAAUUAUCCAUUACGUUUGUGCAA